AUGGAGAAUAAUAGUAUGGAACCUCCGAUGUGCGCUAAUGGCUGUGGCUUUUACGGAUCCUCUGAAACUUUCAAUUUCUGCUCCAAGUGUUACGCAAGUUGUAUUCAAGACAGGAUCAUCUCAUUCCAAAUCACCAACGACAAAGAUAAACUCGUCGAUGUUCAUUCUUCUUCUUCUUCUUCUGUUUCAAAUUCUAUCAUCCUAGGGUUACCGGCUCAAGAUCUGCCGCCGCCGCUGCAGCCUGACGUGGUUGUGUCAAAAACGGAUUGCAAGAAACCUGCAACAGCUCGAUGUGGAUGCUGCAGGAAGAAGGUAGGGUUACUUGGAUUCAAUUGCCGAUGCGGAAUUGUGUUCUGCGGUUCACAUAGGCAUCCGGAAACUCAUCAAUGCAAAUUUGAUUUUAAAUCCGGCGCCAUUGAUGAUUUAGAGAGAGCAAAUCCUUUAGUCAAGUCUGAUAGGUUACAAGAUAGAGUUUAA